AUGGCACUUGUUGACAAUAGAAUUGUUAACAGACAAGAUGCUCUAUUAGGAGUUGUACAAGGAAAUUUAGCAUAUGGUAAAUUUAUGUUCACCGUCUAUCCUAAAUUUGCUUUACAUAGAGAGUCUAGAGAUUUUGAUAAAUCUUUAAGCUUUAUACACCAAUGUGAAAGAAAUGAGCUUAUGGAACCAGGAGCAAGUCUCUGUUUGGCAAGCAAACACGUUAUACCUGAAAGUCUAUGGGAAAAUACUCCUAAAGAUAUCAAAGUAACAAUUGCAAACCAAGAAUCUAUCAAAAUAGACAAAGUUUGUAGAAAUCUCGUUGUCUAUUUAUCAGGAGAACCAUUUCCUAUUCCUACAAAUUAUCAACAGGAAUCUGGUAUGGAUUUACUCUUAGGAAACAAUUUCUGUCAACUAUAUGGUCCAUUUACCCAAUGGCUUGAUAGAAUAUCUUUUCAUCUUAAUCAAGAAAUGAUUUUAAUCAAAAAAGUAACAAAAGCUCUUCAAGUAGGAAAACCAGAAUUUCUUGAGUCUAUGAAGAAGAAUACGAAAGUCAAAGAAAUACCUGGAACUAAUAUAGCCCAGGAAAUCAUAAAAAUUGAUGAAAAAUGUUUUUUAUUAGACAUACAAAAAUAUCACAUGAUUGAAAAUCUACUUGAAAAAGUAUGUUCUGAAAAUCCAAUAGAUCCAGAAAAAUCAAAAAAUUGGAUGAAGGCUUCUAUUAAACUAAUAUAUCCUAAAACUAUCAUUAGGGUAAAACCUAUGAAAUAUAGUCCUCGGGAUAGAGAAGAACUUAGUAAACAAAUCAAAGAAUUUGUUGAUUUGAAACUAAUUAAACCAAGUAAAUCUCCUCAUAUGUCUCCUGCAUUAUUAGUCGAAAAUGAAGCAGAAAAAAGAAGAGGUAAAACACGAAUGGUUGUUAACUAUAAGUCAGUUAAUAAUGUCACCAUUGGAGAUAGUCAUAAUCUUCCUUGUAUGCAAGAAUUACUAACCCUUUUAAGAGGAAAAGCUAUAUUUUCUACUUUUGAUUGCUGUUAG